GGCUCUCUUGGCAGUCACCAUGAGGGCGCUGCUCCUGCUCUGCUGCUGCCUGGCCUCGCUGCUGCUUUCAGGACAAGCAGAACUGCAAGUCUCUGCUGCGGGUGGCACAGAAGAUGUUGGCAAUUUGUUGGAGAAUCAUUUCUCUGCUGGAGAUGCAAGUCUAGAGGAGAAAGAAAGGGCGCUUUAUGCAGAUGCGGCCCCUGGAGACAAGAACCUGCUCCUUCACUACCCAGACGGCAGGGAGGCUGAGAGCUUGGAGCAGACACCGGCAGGGGCCCCUUCCACUGCCAACGGCCAGGGCUCCGAAUCCGAAGCUAGCCUGUCUAAUACCUCAGCUGCAGAGUCAGCUCCAUCUGGGGAUACCGAAGGGCAAGGGGAGGAAGAGAAGGGCCCCGCAGCAGCAGGCACCCUUCCUCCAGGAGGGGAGGAGGGGCCAGAAGAAGAGAGGCCAGAGAUUGGUUCCGGAGAGGAACCAGGACAGGAGGGGGCUGCCAGCGUGGGGGCAGAAGUACAAGAGGGGAGUAGUGGGGCUCCUGGGGAAUUCCAGGGACUCUUAGGCGGUAGCCCCGCGGAAGAGGCAGCAGCAGGGACAACAGAGUCCACAGCCACCCAGGUUUCCCUUAGCGUAGAGGGUGAAGAGGAUGAUACAGCGGAGGCAAGGGACAAGGGCAACACAGGGUCUGGUCACCAAUCCACAGAACUGGAUGGAGUCCAGGAUGCCACAGUUGCUGGAGAUGAAUCAGAGGCUGAUAUGGCUGCAGAAGUCAGGGAGGCAGAGGACCAGCCUCCGGGCCACAGCCUGCAGUCAGAAGAGGAAGCCAUUGUAGGGCCCGAUCACCAGGCCACUGACCUAGAUGCAGUCUCUGACCACAUGUCUUCUGGAGGAGAGGCAGGAGAAGCUGCAGAAGGAGCAGCUGACCAGAGCCAAGAAGUCGAGGCUAGCCCAGGGUCUGGUCACCAGCCUACAGAGCUAGUUACAGCCCUGGAUGCCACAUCUGCUGGAGAAGAAUCAAAAGCUGAGGUGGAUACAGAAGCUGGGGAGAAGGCUGAGGACCAAGGGGAACCUAGACCUAGCCAGGAGGCUGGCUCGGCUAUAGAGGCCAAUGAACAGUCUGGGGAUACCCAGAGUUCCAAGGACAGGGAGACAGAGAACUACCUUCCUGAGGCCCAGGUAUCAGGGACGCCUGAGGAGGGCCUGGCUGAGGCCUCCUCUGAGGAAGAGGGUGGUGAAGAAGGAGGAAGUGAAGAAGGAGGAAGUGAAGAAGGAGGAGCUCCGUCUAAGGAGGAGUCUGAAGAAGACAGCGGUGAUGGAGCUAGCUCAGAAGAAGAGGGGAACGGCUCUGGGGAGGCUGGGGAGCCCCAGGAAGCAGCAGGAACCACAGAACAUGAGGAGGAAGGCAACCCGCUUGAUGUGGAAGAUUUGGACGCGGGGUCUGAGGGUGGCAAGACCCAAGAAGCAGAGGCGGAGGCAUCCAAAGAAAGACAGCAGGGGAGAGGGAAUCCUGUAAUUGCUCACCAGGAAGAGACGGAGGAUGUGAGUGAAGAGGCUCCCCUGAGGGACCGCUCCCAUAUUGAGAAAACCCUGAUGCUGAAUGAGGACAAACCAGCUGACGACUACACAGCGGUGCUGCAGCGGCUGCGGAAGAUCUACCAUACGUCCAUCAAGCCCCUGGAGCAGUCUUACAAGUACAAUGAGCUGCGACAGCAUGAGAUCACAGAUGGAGAGAUCACCUCCAAGCCAAUGGUGCUGUUCCUGGGACCGUGGAGCGUUGGCAAAUCCACCAUGAUAAACUACCUCCUUGGGUUAGAAGAAACUCGCUAUCAGCUUUAUACAGGUGCUGAACCUACCACCUCCGAGUUCACCGUCCUUAUGCAUGGGCCCAAGCUGAAAACCAUUGAGGGCAUCGUCAUGGCUGCUGACAGCGCCCGAUCAUUCUCACCCCUCGAAAAGUUUGGCCAGAAUUUUCUGGAGAAGUUGAUUGGCAUUGAGGUUCCCCACAAACUUCUAGAACGAGUCACUUUUGUAGAUACACCAGGCAUCAUUGAGAACCGCAAACAGCAGGAAAGAGGCUACCCCUUCAACGAUGUGUGUCAGUGGUUCAUCGACAGGGCCGACCUCAUCUUUGUUGUCUUUGAUCCCACCAAGCUGGACGUGGGCCUGGAGCUGGAGACGCUCUUCCGCCAGCUGAAGGGACGGGAGUCCCAGAUAAGGAUCAUUCUGAACAAGGCCGACAACCUGGCCACGCAAAUGCUCAUGCGGGUGUACGGAGCUCUCUUCUGGAGCCUGGCCCCUCUCAUCAAUGUCACAGAGCCUCCACGGGUUUAUGUCAGCUCCUUCUGGCCACAGGACUAUAAGCCCGACACCCACCGGGAGCUGUUCCUCAAAGAGGAGAUCUCGCUGCUGGAAGACCUGAACCAGGUGAUCGAGAACAGGUUAGAGAACAAGAUCGCGUUUAUUCGCCAGCACGCCAUCCGUGUCCGCAUCCACGCCCUUCUAGUUGACCGUUACCUACAGACUUACAAGGACAAAAUGACCUUCUUCAGUGAUGGGGAACUGGUUUUUAAGGACAUUGUGGAAGAUCCUGAUAAAUUCUACAUUUUCAAGACCAUCCUGGCAAAGACCAACGUCAGCAAGUUUGACCUUCCCAACCGUGAGGCCUACAAGGACUUCUUUGGCAUCAACCCCAUUUCCAAUUUCAAACUCCUCUCCCAGCAGUGCUCUUACAUGGGGGGCUGCUUCCUGGAGAAGAUUGAACGGGCCAUCACCCAGGAGCUCCCGGGCCUUCUGGGGAGCCUGGGGCUUGGGAAGAACCCAGGCGCUCCUAACUGUGACAAAACAGGUUGCGGCGAGGCCCCAAAGAAUCGCUAUAAGAAGCACUAGGUCGUGCGUAGCCAUUCUCGGGGGCCCCAUGGGUGAAUGAGCUUGUGUCCUAACUGUCUGAGAAGUCCCGGUUUUUAGCCCUUUGAGCCAUACUGGUGACAAUCAGUCUGAAUUGGAGAUUUGGGAGUUCAUUGAGGCCGGUGAAUCGGGGAAGGAACAAGGGAGGAGAGUGGAAACUGUGAAUUAUAGUGUGCUUGUCUUAUUGCUUCAGUUAGAAGGCCUGGCACAGGGCAGUCAGGCUUCCCCUGUUUUUCCUGGGUCAUGUCUUGGAGGGACAGAGAGCAGCUAACUUCUAAUGAAUACUAAGGUAAUGAGGGUCAAAUAAGCUAAACUCAGUUGAAAUUUCCCAAGUAAUAGAGGGUUCUCAGAUCAGUGUCAACUCCUUUCACACAAAUCUUCUGUCCGUUCCCCAUCUCUCCUUGGCUCCCUCCUAAGUUUGGGUGGAUUUUCAGCAGUGGACAGUCUCUUGAGUCUGAUCUUCAUGAACUCGGAACCCAGCCUUGGAAUCUCCUUCCUGUCUUCCCAAUGGGUAGGGCAUCCAGGAGACUCAAAGUUUUCAGCUUAGUGUUGGCCGGCCACUCCAGGUACCAUUUCACUGAUGUCUCAGUUGGAGAGCUCAGCUCGGUUGGCCCCAGAAGGAGGGUGACAGGGUGAUGAACUCAAGAACUCUUCCUCCUGGAAGUGACUUACAGGAAUGUGCUGGAAGGGCUCAAGGUUUAGUUGGUUUGCAGUGUGUCUUUGUCUGUUGCAUGUCUUGGAAAACUCAGAUCACAAAGGUGUUGAUUUCAGAAAGGACAUGGGGACCUUGCUCCUGGUCCUUGGAGGUUUCUCUGGACAGUCCCCUCUCUCAAGUGUCAGGGGAAACUGUUUCUACAACUUCUUUGUGGGAGCACUUGACAGAGGACAUGUCUCCUCUGGUUCCCAGAAGUGUGGCUUUUCCUUCCCCUUCUCCAUUCCCUGAUGCACCAAUACUUCCCUCUGAGAGAAAUUCCCUAGACUCAGAACCAGCCGCAGCCCCGUGGCAUGGGUGGCAGACAAGGCCUGAGGUUCAGGUCCAACCUGAACUUCUGCAGAUGUCCACGGAAUGCAGUCAGGACCGUCACACACCAGUGAGUGUGCAUUUGUGUGUCCACUGUAAGCUAGGACAAUAGCAGACUCGAGGGCACAGAGAAAGGACUCCUGAGAGUCUUGCAUGGCAGACAUACGCUGCCACCUUGGAGCGCAUGGGGACAUGAAGCCUUGGGGGGAUGAAGGGCUUUUGGACGGAGCAGCUCAGGGAAGGUCAGACUAUCUUGAGGGCUUUCUUUGAGCACAGCUGGCUGCGUUUUUUUGGGAGCAAGCUGUCUUUGCUUUUGCCUUGACUUCGAGGCAUGGGUUGGGAUCCACCAGUACCAGUGAGUCAUCUGGAGCAGAAGGAAAGUGGGAAGGAAGGUUGAGCCAGAGCUGUUCCUUCUGAGGAUCAGGUAGGGAGUAGAAGCAGAUGGGUACGCGGUAGGGCUACAUAGAGAACUUCAGUUUAGGAAUUCACGUCUUUGAACACUUAGUCUGGCGCCAGCUGGGAGGGAGGGGAGCUGCUGCCUUGGCUGUGUGUAGGGCCCAGGAUCUCCCACAAGCCACAGGCUCCAAAGCUGCCAGGACACUGUUUCCAAGGAGUGAGUUCCUUCCACAGGGUCAUGCAUGGAACCUGGUGGCUCGGGCAGAUGAGCUGCAGUCUACCUUUUCCCAUUAAAAUACACAUCCAACCGCAGAGCUCCUCUCAUCUCUUCAGUACUUAUUCUCUGGAGAGACUGUCCCCCCGCCCACCUUUCUCCUUCAUGCGCCUCAUGCCUGAGGGCUUUGUGUAGCAACUCUGUUUUUUCUCAGUGCAGCCAGGGGAGCUGUCCUAGCUGUCAGUGCCUGCAUGCUUGGUGAGAAGCAGGUGAGACAGGCAAAACAAAUUCAUCCAGUAUUUGUGUUGGGGGAGGGGCACUUUAUCGGGGUCACUGUCCUUUUGGGUUUUCCUUCAUCUAUUUCUUCUUUGUCUCCAUUCUGCUCCUCUCCUCACUGCCCGCGCCCACCCAAUUCACGUCCCUCUCCUGCCCACGGGCUGCUGAUGAGCCAGCACAGGGCUCAGCACCCAUCUUUGCCCAGCUCUGCAGAGAUGGAUUUUGAGUAGGAUUCUGACUCCAGGAGGAGGGAGAAACACGAGAACCAGAGAUUCCUGAGUGGAAUAUCCGUGUAGGUGCUGGAACACUGGCUGACCUUUCCCGUCUUCUUUCCAUCCUGGCUUCAUCAGGGAGGGCGUCUCAAUAAAGUUCCAAUCUCUCUUCAA